CGCGGAUCGGUACGACCAACGGACCGCGGAGCACCAUGCCCAAAUUUUACUGUGACUACUGCGAUACGUACCUCACCCAUGACUCUCCAUCUGUACGAAAGACACACUGCAGCGGUAGGAAACACAAAGAGAAUGUGAAAGAUUACUAUCAAAAAUGGAUGGAAGAGCAAGCUCAGAGCCUGAUCGAUAAAACGACGGCUGCAUUUCAGCAAGGAAAAAUUCCUCCCACUCCAUUCUCUGCUCCUCCACCAGGAGGGGCUAUGAUCCCACCUCCUCCUCUCCCGGGUCCUCCUCGACCUGGUAUGAUGCCAGCACCCCAUAUGGGAGGGCCCCCUAUGAUGCCAAUGAUGGGCCCCCCUCCUCCUGGAAUGAUGCCUGUGGGACCUGCUCCUGGGAUGAGGCCGCCCAUGGGAGGCCACAUGCCUAUGAUGCCUGGACCCCCAAUGAUGAGACCUCCUGCCCGUCCCAUGAUGGUGCCCACUCGGCCAGGAAUGACCCGCCCAGACAGAUAAGAAUAAAGGGAAAUCAGUUUGUGUCAUUUUUUUAUUCCUUGUUCUACUCCACCCAAACACCAUGGUGCUGCACCUUCUGGGGUGUUUUCCAACAGCAUGGCAAGGAAGACUUGCUCCCACUUCUGUCAAAGAAGAAACCGUUUGGAAGGGAGCAGUGGGACAGAAAUGCAGCUUACAUUUACUUUGUGAUGUGUAAAAAUAAAAGUAUUGACUGUUUUAGCUAUA